GCAGGAAAGCCUUUUGAAAGACCUUGUUGACUAUUGAACAUCUAGUCUCGACGGACUCGACAUGGGAUCACGGUCAAAUCAGUAUCCAGGAAGGCUGAGACAGAUACCGCUUUUCUAUGCCAGCGGUCUCGAAGAUACGGAACACUUUGUUCAAUUUCGCAAUGUCCUUGUUAGCAAGGGUGAACGUUGGCUCGGCAUCGAUUUCGCAGUCGUCAACAGUACCAAUCCUCCACCUGCCACUCUGCCACCUGGGGUCGUCGUCUCUACCUCAAAAGCGACGGCCGUGGCGGUCGUGCAAUCGUCACAAUCAUCCUCUAGACCAAUCAAAACUUCCGGAGCCUCCACCUUCUCUGUCUCAUUCAGUGUUGCGACACAAAAUACGACACCCAUCCUGAAUAAUGGUGUACCUGCGGGCGAUGCUACGGUCCUGUCUACGGCGUCCGCUGAGACUCACCGAUCAGGUUCCAGGCUCAUGGUCGGAGCUAUCGUAGGACCUGUUGUGGCGUGUGCGAUCGUAGUCAUGCUGCUGACAGGAUGGUACUGCUAUCGCAAGCGGACACGGCCGGGAUGCGAGACUGCGGCAGCUCGCCUAUCCUCUGACGGGUCGUUCUUCGAAACAGACAAAAUGUACUCUUCUCGUGAGCCAUGCUUCCUGGAAGUGAGCCAUGUCGCGGAUCGCAGCAGCUAUGAAGAAUCCGAUGGACGACGGCGACUCGCGGCGUUCGUCGGAGAGAUGACUGCUCGGCAGCCUAUCGCCUACACUCUUCGAGACACUGGAGUUACGCCUGCCACCAUUGCGACGCGUUCACCCCAGCCAUAUUACGCCUUCCACUCCAGAGGGCAUGACGUACACAGCGAUGCUUCGCGAACCUCAAUCUAUGCAGAGUCUACUCCAGCCGCCUCAUCACGGCAAGGAGCAGCAUCUCGCCCAACAUCAGUUACCACUGUAGAUACGUUUUCAGCCUUGCGCACCUCCUUGCCGUAUCACCAUUGACUAUUGUAUGUAUGUUUCUGUCAUUCAUGUGGC